GAGAAGUCACCUCCAGCGUCACUACUUGUGCCUCCUCAUGAAAUAUAAACCACAUUUUCCUAAAUAAAGAGGAAGUGGUCCGACCGACUGAUAUCAGCGCGCACUACACGUCUGAGACAUGAAUGAGACAUGAACAUCCACAGCAUCGGUUCCUGCCGAGUUGUUUUAAUGGAGAAAUGUCACCGCUGAUCGAGUCGUAGCGGAUUUCUAAAGUCGUCUUCCGGGUCCUGUUUACGGACCCAGCUGUGCUGAAGAGGAAUGUUCAACAUCUGCCCGGAGAGCCGCAGGUACUGAAAUAUGUAUGUCGUUAAGUAACCAGACUGAACAAGCCGUCCGGGGCGUUUUAGUUUAAAUGCAUGCGACACGAGCAGCUGGGCACAGUCUGUCAACAGCCUGCUACCCGCUAACAUCUUCAUCUCUGCUUAAUGAGACCAUUCUUCUCCUCGACAGGUGUUCAACACAGAAUUAUCCAACAAUCCUGCCCUGCUGAUGGCAAAGAUGAGCUGGGCUGCAGGUACACAGUGUGUGGCCAAGGGGGACCACAGGAAACCAAAACCUGGAGAACUGGCUUACCACAAAGGAGACAUCCUCACUAUUGUUGAUGCCAGCACGACUUGUGCUCUUUUCCAGAAGAAGGGAUAUUACAAGGUCAGACUCAACACCACAGGAGAGGAAGGACUCAUAAACUCCACCAAUGUGCGCAAAAGAGAGGCUCUGCGCGUUGACCCCAGCCUCAGCCUCAUGCCUUGGUUUCAUGGGAAGAUCUCGGGUCCAGAGGCGGUGUGUAAGCUGCAGCCGGCCGAGGACGGCCUGUUCCUGGUUCGAGAGUCCAUCCGCCAUCCCGGCGACUACGUCCUGUGUGUCAGUGUCUCUGGAGGUGUUAUCCACUACCGGGUGAUUUAUCAGGACAAGCAGCUGACCAUUGAUAACACACAGUAUUUCUACAACCUCAUUGACAUGAUAGAGUUCUACUCAAAGAACAAAGGCUCCAUCGCUACAACUCUUCUGAAGCCAAAACAAAAACAAGGGACCAAGUCAGCUGAGUUGGAGCUGUCUAAAACUGGAUGGUUGCUGGACAUUACGAAGCUCAAACUGGGAGAGAACAUAGGAGAAGGGGAGUUUGGUGCUGUUUAUGAAGGAGACUAUAUGGGCCAGAGGGUGGCAGUAAAGACUAUUAAAUGUGAUGUCACAGCGCAGGCCUUCCUGCAGGAGACCACAGUCAUGACGAAGCUCCAGCAUAAAAACCUGGUGCGAUUGUUGGGGGUCAUUCUUCACAAAGGGCUUCAUAUUGUCACGGAGCUCAUGACUAAGGGAAACCUUGUCAACUUUCUCAGGACAAGAGGACGCUCGGUUGUGAACUCAGUUCAGCUGCUCCGCUUUGCUCUUGAUGUGUGUGAGGGGAUGGAGUACCUGGAGGCCAAGAAGUUGGUUCACAGAGAUUUGGCAGCUCGUAACGUGUUGGUCUCUGACGACAGCCUGGCUAAGGUCAGCGACUUCGGUCUGACCAAGGUGGACUCGAAGGUGUCAGAUAACGCCAAACUGCCAGUCAAAUGGACCGCCCCCGAAGCUCUGAAGAAAGAGAAAUUCUCCACAAAAUCAGAUGUUUGGAGCUACGGUGUUCUCCUGUGGGAGAUCUUCUCUUACGGUCGUCAACCUUAUCCUAAGAUGUCUCUGAAGGAGGUGAAGGAGAGGGUGGAGGGGGGCUAUCGCAUGGAGGCUCCAGAGGACUGCCCCCCCGUUGUCUACUCGCUGAUGAGGAUUUGCUGGGAGCAGGAGCCACGACGAAGACCUGCCUUUCACAAACUGAGGGAGAAACUUGAGCGAGAGAUGGGCCCGGGCCCUGGGUCUGAGUGUCGGGAUGGGAUGAGGUCUGGUUCUGGAUGCUGAUCUUGGUUGUGAAUCUUUGAGCUCACUAUGGUGGGAAUAGACUGGCGGCUGAUGCACAGAUAAUACACACAUUGUAACCCACUUCUGAUGGUGUGCAUCACACAAGAUGGCCCGGUGGAGUUCCUACUGGAUUUCCUUUCAUCUAACGGAUGGGACAAGACGAUCAUUAUGUAACUCUGGUCAUCAUGUAAUGCUGGUGAGAAAGGACUUAACGGUUGGAGCCAUGAAUAUACUAAAUCCUAAUGACUUUGGUGAUCUCCUGACUUUUCCUUUAGCAUCAUCAACAGGUGGGUCAAGUCCAAUACAGUCUUCGACACACCCUUCAGAUGAAAAGGAGCAUUUCUGACAUUUCCCAAAAUACCUUUUUUUCCUUCCUUUUAGUAAUACAAAAUGGUUAAUAAUAAGUUUUAAACUAGAGAACAUUUUGCACUGGGAUCACGCCAGCCGGGACACCAACUUGGACCAGUAGAGUAAAAUGUGUGGGGGGGGGGAAUUGUUCUUCCCUACUUCUUACGCCUCUACUGCCAGCACUCUUACUCAAAUCCCACCCAUCUUCAAACUCGGUCUUCAUUUUGAUCUCAGCUUAACACCUGUAAAGUGUUGUGACUGCAUGUUGUACGGUUGUGACGUUAUCGUAAUGACAACAUCUUUCCUAGCACACCUGGGAAAGUACUCAAAACCACUUCUCUGGUAUUUCCAGCUACUGUAGGUGUAUGCAGGACAACAUUCUGCCAUAAUGACACACACACAGACUCACAAAGUGAAAACCGAUACAUCCACAGCUGAUACCACUACGGCAACGUGAUGUUAACCGCCCAGCUGCAACAAUAACCCCAUGCACAAACCGGUUAAAUACGUCCAAACAAGCAGCCACCCAUUCACCGGUCCAAGAGAGUUUGCAGCCACAAUGUUGCAUGCGUUGUUGUGGAGAGAAGCAGCCUUAAGGUGAACCAGCUAUUCUCCUUUAAGUGACAAGCUGCUCCUCUUUUAACUUUUAACUGAAACUGCAGAGAACUAGUAUCUGUUUGUAUCAGGAAAACACAAUGUUGAAUGUCAGCAACAUCAUUAUGUUCCAUAUCUUAUUUGCCACAGUCAGAAAGGGAAGAAGAGCUGGUGAUAAUAAAACAUGAUUUCAAAGUUAUUGUUAAAACUGGUAAAAGGGUAUUGUUAAGUACUCAUAUCAAUACUCUAUAUUGUCAAUUACUCAAAUGUAAUUACUUGUACUUGGUCUGAAAAAAGUGGUAUCAGUGUAUCCCUUGUGAAAACAAUACCAGCCACACACUGUCGCAGCACCAAAUUAGACCAGGGGCGUAAAGUGGGGGGGGGGCAAUGGCCCCUUACCCAUUACCUAACCCCUUACUUCCGGCGCCUUUGCUCAGAUCACCCCCAUCUUUGAACUCGGCCCUCAGUUUAAUCUCAAAUACAUACCUGUAAACCUUUGUGACUGGACCUUGCACAGUCAACAAAAUGUGUCCACGGACAGGAAGACAUAUAAACACCUGGCAAAGAACUUUAAACAGCUUCUUUGGUAGUUCCCAUUACAGAAGGUGUCUCCAGGACCACAUUGUUCCAUGCUGACAAAAAAAAACAACUCACAAUACCAGCACCAGCCACACACUGUUGCGGCUGGUAAUCAACCCACAGGACAAUGCACAGCCACUGUCUGAAGUCUGUUGACACGGUUUGUACACCAGAUCCCAUGAAAUGACAAAAACCAACAAUGCAUUACUCUAGCUAACAAGUAUUGUCUCAGUAGUCAAAGACAAUGGUGAGCGGCAGGACAGCGCCAAAACGUGUUGGAAAUAUUGUACAUUGAGUGUGAAUCUCAAUGUACAAUGUGUUGUGUUUGAAUGUCAGUUUAGUCAGUCAGGUAAGAUUUACUGAGAUUUCAUGUCUGUUUUUUGCCAUAUAAAUAUUGUACCUGUAUGAUCAAAGAUCAACUUUACGCAGAGUAAACACAGGUUAUUUAUAUUUAAUGUCAGGGAGACACGUCUGAAGAAGCUUGUGUCCCGGCAUUCAUGUUCAACAUUAUGCCGUGGAUUCAGGGCUUGAUAUGUAAAAUAUUUAAUAUUUAAUGUUAUUGUUGGUUUAUGGCGAGAGAGGGAUUUACGUACUUUUUAAAAAGCAGUCAGCAUUUUGCUUGUCUGCAGGGAAGAUCAGGUUGUUCAUUUUCAACAGAUACUCUGUAGGCCUUUGGUUAAUUAAGUAGCUUUUUCACCUUUUAGAUGAACUUUGUCAUUUUACUUUUCCAGAUUAGUUUUUGUUAAACCAAAUCUCAUACUAUUUUUUACACUUUGUCCGUCCCACUCCACCAGACAGCAUACUUGGGGCGGGGGCUUUGAUUCAAUUCAUUCAAAUUCAAUUUAUUCCAUAAGACUAAAUCAAUGGGAAAUACGGCAUUUAUUACUACUUUCUCUUCCCUCUUUAUGAGGAUUUAGAGAUUACAAUAGUGACUUUGUGUAUCCACCAUCCUCUUGGGAUCUCUUUGUAUUUUUGUAGGUUCAGAAUGUUUUCUGAAUUACUAAUCUUUGGACGUCACAUUAUUAUUUUACAUAUACCUUGAUAUAUAUGUAUUCUAUUUAUUAAUGUAUAACUCAUUUUAAUAUAUGUGAUUAUCAGCUGGUUUUUAAUCGAAAAUGCAAUUAAAUAUUCAUAUUUCUGAUGAC